CAGCGCGUUAAAAGGCAGAUGACGCAGGCAGCUCGAGCGUUUUGAGUUGUUUUUAGGAAAGAGUCGCUCGCGCUCCAAUGUGCUGUGUGCAGGCGCGCGCGGGGCGAGUGAGUGCGCGCUCCCGCCGCUCAGAGCAGAACCUACAAUAAGGCAAAAAUAAAAGAGGAAUAUAAAGAAAGGAAGGAGACACUGAGGUCAGGGAGAAGAGCGAUGCAGGAGCAGGAUGAGUGUGAUGGUCUGCAGGCUCGUGGCAUAUCUCUCCGUGUCUCUGCACGCGCUUAUCUCCCCGUGCCAGCUCCAUCCUCAGCCCUGUGGCAUCCUCGCGCACAUAGAACACACCGUCCGCCUCGGCGCCGUCCUGCCCUCCCGACAGCCCUCGCGCGUCCGAGCCGCCGUGAACCGCGCGCUCCUUCACGCCAGAAACCGUCCGCACGCGCUCUUACCGUACAACCUGAGCCUGGAGGUGGUGUGGGCGCGAGCAGCGCACGCGGACCCGGAGUCGGUGUUCCGGUGUGUGUGUCAGGACGUGGUGGUGCGCGGGGUGUCGGCGGUGCUCGCGUUCCCACAGAGCCACCAGGAGCUCGUGCAGGUGGACUUUAUAUCCGCUUUUCUGCAGAUCCCCUUCAUCAGCAUCAUCGAGGAAGGUGAAGCGCUUCACACGCAGAACCGGUUCCACCUGCAGAUGUUGACUCAUGUCCCUGCAUCUGGAUUGGCUGAGCUGCUUCUGUCGGUCCUGGUGCGAGCAGGGUGGCAGGGCGGGGCAGCGGUUAUGUGCCCUGGAGGGGGCGACAGUGGGUUGUUGGAACACCUCCAGCAACUGGGUGGUGCCGGGAUAAACGGCUCACACUGGCAUCUUUGGGAAACCCUUGACCUUUCUAGCCACAUGGCAUUAGAUGAAGCUAAUAACAACAAUAACAACAAAUUUGUUUUAAAUAAAAAGCCAGACUAUACGUCACAGGAAAUAGCGGAUAAGGAACAGGAAGUUAAAGAUCUCCUGUCUCAGCUCAUGAACCGAACCCCAUCCGCUCUGCAUUCCAGCGUGGUGGUGUUCGGGUCAGACCCAGAGUGUGUGAGCUUAGUUUUGCGUGCAGCGGCACAACUCAGACACACACUCUGGGUUCUCGGACUGCCCCUGAACCUGGACGCUUUAAGUGCUGUCGGAUCCCCAAAAGAUCUGCUAGCAUACGGACAGACGGAGCGCAGACCGCUCAGCUCUUACAUCGGAGAUGCUCUGCAGCUGGUGGGCCGAGCCGUGUCCGACGCCAGCAUGGUUCGACCUGACCUGACGCUCAUCCAGAACAUGGUCAACUGCUUCGACAAACCCAACAAACAUGAGGUGCUGUCGUCAGGACACUACCUGUCCAGAUUUCUCUCCAACACGUCCUUUGAGGGUCUGACAGGUCAUGUCCAGGUUCAUCCCUCUGUCUCUAGAGUUUCCACCACACAGGGCUUCCACAUUUGGACCCUCCAGAGAGAUGCUCUAGGUCAGCCGAGCUGGACCACGGUGGCUGAAUGGCAUUCUGGACACUUAGAGAUGGAGAAGAAGAGCAUUUGGUCGGAUUUAAUGAAACAUGAAAUGGAUCAGGUUCUGACCAUCCAAACAGGAGGACGUUGGCAUCCUGGACUUCCUGUUUCUGGGCAUAAAAUCCGUGUUGUGACUUUGGUGGAGCAUCCAUUUGUUUUUACUCGCAAGGCUGAUGAAGAUGGCCAAUGCCAAGCUGGUCAGCUUUGUCUGGACCCUCAAACCAAAAACUUAGAUGUUUUGAAUAAUCUUUUCAGAGCUCUAGAACAGAAAAACAGCAGUGUGUUGCCAUCAGAGAUGGUCAAAUGCUGCUAUGGAUUCUGCAUUGAUCUGCUUGAGAAGCUCGCUGAGGACAUGCAGUUUGAUUUUGAGCUCUACAUUGUAGGGGAUGGAAAGUACGGAGCAUGGAAAAACGGGCAGUGGACUGGACUGGUGGGAGACCUGCUGAGUGGUGCUGCUGACACCGCUGUCACCAGCUUCAGCAUCAACUCUGCACGCAGUAAAGUGAUGGACUUCACCAGCUCCUUCUUCUCCACCAGCCUGGCCAUCCUGGUGCGAAGCAAGGACACGGCCGCACCCAUCGGUGCCUUCAUGUGGCCGUUACACUGGUCCAUGUGGGUGGGGAUCUUCAUCACGCUUCACAUCACUGCACUUUUCCUCACACUGUACGAGUGGAAGAGUCCGUUUGGACUGACGCCUCACGGACGAAACCGGGUCCGAGUCUUCUCCUACUCAUCUGCUCUCAACCUGUGCUACGCUGUGCUCUUCGGAAGAACCAUCGCAACCAAGACUCCAAAAUGUUGGACUGGAAGAUUCCUCAUGAACCUCUGGGCGAUCUUCUGCCUGCUCGUGCUUUCUAGCUAUACAGCUAAUUUAGCAGCUGUAAUGGUGGGCGAGAAAAUAUUUGAGGAGGUGUCAGGGAUUCACGAUGCCAAGCUCCAACAUCCGUCUCUGGGGUUCCGUUUCGGAACAGUCCAUGAGAGCAGCGCAGAAGAUUACAUGAAGAAGAGUUUUCCUGAAGUGCACGAGUACAUGAGACACUUCAACCAGCCCACCACGCCACAAGGGGUCGCUACACUCAAGACAGAUCCUCCUCAGCUGGACGCGUUCAUCAUGGAUAAAGCUCUGCUCGAUUACCAAGUCUCCAUUGAUGCUGAGUGUAAGCUGCUGACAGUGGGAAAACCUUUCGCUAUUGAAGGUUAUGGAAUUGGUUUACCUCGUCAUUCCCCACUGACCCGUAACUUUUCCGAGCUGGUGAACAGUUAUAAGUCGGACGGUUUUAUGGAUCUGCUGCAUGAUAAAUGGUACAGAGUCACUCAUUGUGGAAAACGAAGCUUGGCCGUCACCGAGACUCUGCAGAUGGGUAUCCAGCACUUCUCCGGACUCUUUGUGAUGUUGUGUGUUGGUGUUGUGGGUUCAUUACUCACACUGUUGAGUGAACACACCUUCUACAGCUUCAUCUUACCACAUCUGCACAGCCAACACAGACUGAAGUACUGGCUCCACACCAGCCAGAAAAUCCACAGAGCUUUAAAUACAGUGUGUGAGGACAAGAGGACUGACACUGUCAACACAAACAUUCCUCUGUGUCUGUCAGAAGGCUGUAAGCUCCACUCCCUGCCCUCCGCUGAUCCCUCCAUCUCUUCCUCCACCUCCACCAACAGGUGGAACAGCGGAAGUCCUGAAGCGACAAGCAGUGAAGCCAAAGAUGUCAAUCACAAGCGUGUGCACUUCGAACUGGAGUCCGAGCGAGGCGUUAAGGACCUGGACGGGGCAGUGGAAGGUUCUCAGGGGGUCAUGGAGCGCUCGGAUGGGGCACUGUGUAACCUGCUGGGGUGGGAUCAGGGCAGCAGGAGGCUGGAUGGGGGCAUUAAAAAGCUGUUGAGGUCACAGCGUGGUGUUAGGGGGUUAGUGGGCAGCCCCCCCGCUCAGUUGUGUGCCAAUGGAGACACAGCAUCAGGACUCAGCCUGGUUCUGCUGCCCCCCGCCUGCCCCGGGGCACCACGUUCCUCUCUGUGGGAGGGGGAACUGCGGGAGAUCGAGGGCAAAAUCGAGGAAUUCCGGGGUAACCUGAGGACUGCGCUGGCACGGAGAGCAGAGCUCCAGAGGAACCUGCAGAAAGAGAGACAGAGGGAGAGAGAGAGAGAUGGCAGCUGUCUCUCCAUCACAACACACACCAACAGGAGGAGGUGAUGAGUGAGACAGGAGGGACGAACGAGUGCCAGAUCUCUUCUUCCCUCUUCUCUUUCCUUUUAUAGAAACAAACUGAAAACAAGCUUUGUUUACUGAUGUCUCACAAACAGCUUACAAAAGAACGAGAGACAAACAGUGAGAAAAAAAACAAGUGAAAGCUGCAGGUAAAGAAAACAGGAGAAGAGAGAAAAACGUAAUAAGUGAAGGAUCAGCUGUGAAAGAGAGAAGAAAGAGUGAAAGUUAAUCAUGAUAAAAGGAGGACAGACAGGCAGAAGAAAGAAGAAAAAUGAGUAAAUUAGAAAUGAGUGUAACGCCCAUGAUGACAUCAUCGGCGUGAUUUCCACAGACGUCUCAGAGGAUCGCUUUGCUCUGGUGAUGUUCCUCAGGUGAGAUGAAGAUGAACGUGACUGAAGGAAACGUGACGAUGUUGUGAUGUGGUUGAGAGGAAUCUCUACAGCGCACGCCGUCACGUCGUCAGCUUUACAGAUGCAGUGGUUUGUUUCACCCUGAAGUCAAUCUGUAACUCCUGCAUUCGGACUCGGACACAUUUAUGCUGAUAUUUAUCACCAACACGGUUUUGUGUAGAAACUAAAACUUUUAUCCGUGAGAAACAGCAGCGUUAGAGUGAUUAAGAGUGAAGUCUAAGGGCCUUUUUACCCCUGGUCACUUCCUGUGUUUUCUGUGAUCAGAUAUCUACCCCAUGGUAAAAAGACCAGGUCUAAAUGCCCUCAGAAACGUUUUGGAGACGGAUAUA